AUGGGUGUUGGCUGCAACAAUUCGCAUUGGUCUCAAACCAAUGAUAUGCAUUUCGAUGACCAGGAGUUCGAGGUGGACGAGGAUGGUGAGGGCAUUGUCGACGCGCCGAAAGGAAGAGCAGGAGAGGAGAAGAGGACCAAGAAUGGGGAGAUCAAGAAAGGAAGGCCAUUUACCGUGCCUCAUUGCUAUGACGUGUUGAAGGAUGAUGAGAAAUGGAAGAAGCGUGAUGAUAUAGAUGAUUUGGAUUUGAGCAACAAAUGCAAGCGAACAAUUGAGUUGGAUGAUGAUGAGGAGGAUGCAUCAAGUGAUGAUGGCAAGAGAAGCCCCACACCCAACUCGGUUUCAUACUUGAAGACAAAACGACCGGAUGGAACCAAGAAAGACGCAAAAGAAAAGAAGAAGAGGAAAGGAGAUGAUGAGCUAAAAAAUGCUAUGGAAGCUAUUGUGAAAGCAAGAAAAGAAGCCAAUGAGGUGAGGAAAAUGACAAGGAACCAAGAUGCCGUGGCCGAGGAGAGGAGGUUGGCGGCCGAGGAGAGGAGGGUCGUGGCCAACGAGAGGAAGGUGGCUUUGGAGGAGAGGAAGGUGAGCAUGGAUGAGCGAUCUAGAUUGUUGGAUUGGGAGAAGCACUUACUCUUCAUGGACACAUCUAUCCUGAAUGAGGCGCAAAAGGAGUAUGUCAAUCUUGCCCGUGAAGAAGUCUUGAUCCAAAAAAGAGCCAUGAGUCGCGCCAUGGGUGGCGGUGGCCUUGGCGGCAUGGGUGGCGGUGGACUUUGCGUCAUGGGUGGCGGUGGCCUUGGCGGCAUGGGAGGCAUGGGUGGCUUCAGAGCUACCAUGGGCGGCAUGGGUGCCAUGGGUGGCUUUGGAGCUACCAUGGAGACCAUGGGAAGCAUGGGUGGCUUUGGAGCACCUCCCGGCGCCAUGACCGGCAUGGGAGGCAUGAGUUUUGCGUCUCUCAUGGGAGGCAUGGGUGCACCUCCGGCCGCCAUGGGUGGAUUGUCUUCCGGUGUGCCUCACACACCUUCCCAUGAAGAUGCCAUUGAAGAACUUGCCAACACCGUCUGA